GAGGGUUUGAUUGGUUGGGGAGGUCACGUGAGGCGGGGGUUGCUGGCCGUUGACAAUAAACAUGGAGUCGAUCUUCCAUGAGCGGCAAGAAGGCUCAUUGUGUGCCCAGCACUGUCUGAAUAAUUUGCUACAAGGGGAAUAUUUUAGCCCUGUUGAGUUAUCCUCUAUUGCACAGCAGUUGGAUGAGGAAGAAAGAAUGAGAAUGGCAGAGGGAGGAGUGUCUAGUGAAGAAUAUAGAACAUUUUUACAGCAGCCUUCUGUAAAUAUGGAUGACAGUGGAUUCUUCUCAAUUCAAGUUAUAAGCAAUGCCUUGAAAGUUUGGGGUUUAGAACUAAUCCUCUUCAACAGCCCAGAGUAUCAGAGGCUUGGGAUCGACCCUAUAAAUGAAAAAUCAUUUAUUUGUAAUUAUAAGGAACACUGGUUUACAGUUCGAAAGUUAGGAAAACAGUGGUUUAACUUGAACUCUCUCUUGAUGGGUCCAGAACUAAUAUCAGAUACAUAUCUUGCACUUUUCUUGGCUCAGUUACAACAGGAAGGUUAUUCCAUAUUUGUAGUAAAAGGUGACCUGCCAGACUGUGAGGCUGAUCAGCUGUUGCAGAUGAUUCGGGUACAGCAGAUGCAGCGACCAAAACUAAUUGGAGAAGAGACAGCCCAGCCAAGAGAUCAGAGGCUACCCAGAAGUGAUGUGGACCAAGCAAUAGAAGUUAACCAUCCCUUUGAUGGAACAGGCAUGUUAGAUGAAGAUGAGGAGAAUUUUCAGAGAGCCCUGGCUCUAAGCAGGCAGGAAAUUGAUAUGGAAGAUGAAGAAGCUGAUCUUCGCAGAGCCAUCCAACUCAGCAUGCAAGGUAGUCGUCGAAGUGAGUUCUCAGACUCUUUACCACAGAAUGUUCUUCAGUCACCUCACACCAGUCAGACUGACUCCCUUUCUUCAGAAGAAUUGCGAAGGAGACGGCAAGCAUAUUUUGAAAAGCAGCAACAACAGCUACAGCAGCAAGAUCAGGCCCUGACCUUAUAUGAUAAGCCAACUCUAAGCUCAAGCACUCCAGAAGCUGACCCAGGAGGUGAUAUGAGUGAAGAAGACAUGCUUCAAGCAGCUAUGAAUAUGUCUCUGGAGUCUGUUAGAAACCACUUGAAUAAAGAAGAGGAGAAAUGACAUAACUUUUGUUUUCCCUAUUAUUGUCAAAACACUAUGUCUCCAUUAUAAUAUUACUGUGUGGAUGUUGCACAAGCAGGGUUCAUUUCAGAGUUCUGGAAGCAGGAAUGAAAGGGAGGCUGGAGGUCAGAGUUAGAGGGCGUCUGCAAAUACAAAAAGAUUGCACUAAUUGAGAAAACUGUAGCACUCCUACUACAAAACAUCUGUUCACAAGAGUAGCUGUUAUUAAAAUUACUUAAACUAUUCACAUGAACAAAGUUAGACAUGUGUAGCAGCUGUAAUUUUUGUUUAAAAGCAAGUUUAAAUUGAAGAAUCCUAUUGAAAAUACAAAAGGUUCUGAAAACCAGCAUCAACCAAUUUCCUUCACUACUAAUGGGAAAACAGAAGUAGUAAGUUGUACUCAUAAAUGACUAAGUUCUUUAUAAGAUAUCUCUUAAAAUGGGAAAAAUAAUAAAUUUCUGUUUAUCUUAGGUAAUUUAUUCUGUGAAUGUUUAUUAUGAAUGACUUAAUAUCAACUUUUUGAUCCUGGUGUCCACUUUUGAAAUGACCCAUUCUACAGGAGAAACAUGAAUCCAUAAAUUUCGUACUUUACAAUUCAAGAUAAAAUCUUUGUUAUAUUCUUUAUUAUGAUGUUACUCCUGCAUCUUUCAGUGACUUCUGACCUUCUGUCGCUUUCUGGUAUCACUUUAGUUCCAGCUGUAAAAUUUGCAGAUCCAUGUUUAAAGUAGGAUUUUUGCAUUGCCCUAUUUCUUGGCAGAUAACUUGCCUUCUUUGGUUUGGUGUUUUGGUUUUGUUUUCUUAUGCUUUUUCUAGUUAUGCCACUGUCUUUACUACAAAAGUAGCAUGUAAUCAGUUGGGUUAAACAGGUUUUCUACCUCUUUUGGAAUCUUUUUCCUCUUCAAGCUCAACCCUUCAUUCUGGCGUUUCAGUAUGAAAGAGCUGUAACUGAGUCUAGGAGAAAGGAGGAGGGGAUUUAGGUGCCAUAAAGUCAGUGCCACACAUGUAAGGUGCAUUCCUGCAGUCUGAAAUGACCCCUGUGCAAGUAGUUCUUUUAAGAAUGAAUAUUUAUGUCUGUGUGGAUUUUUUUCUGAAAUGUUUUUUAUGAGUGUCUGUCAGAACGUUGCAGCUUUUUCAGGAAUGGCCUUUAUUCGUGCACCUUACAAAUUUUUACCAUGCUGUUUCUGAUCUUGAGAAAAAUUGAGGAGCAAAAUAUGUGAGAUAGCAUAUGCUGUUGGUUGGAAGACAUUUGCUUUGAUACCCAGGAUGAAUGUGUAACAGGGUGACCAAACCUGACUUUCAACUUCAUUGCAACAAUUGAGAUAUGUUUCAUUUUCCUAAAUGGUGCUUGAAAUACAAAUUCUGUUUACAUAUAAAUUAUAUGGAAAUAUGUUGUAGAUAAGAGUAUGUAAGCUGUAGUCCACUUAAUGCGUUAACAGCACAGGCAUUCUAAGAAUCUUUUGAAGAUAACCCCAAAUUACUUUAUCAAAAAAUUCUAAAGUUAUAUCAUUGCACAAUAGUAACAUUUACUUAAAAUUAGUAUGAAAUGAAUGGUAGCUAGAUGGAAAUAUACAUUCAGCAUCAAGUAGUACUGUACGUGAAAGGGCUCUCACCUCUCAGUAAAGAUUUGUUUACAGCAAUGUUUUCUUGAUAGCUUAUUAUAUUAUACAUAAUUGGGCUAAAUUCUGUUCUCCUUACCUGUGUGUUGAAUUUCCAUCAAUGUCGCCAGAAACACUGGUCUGUGUGAGACAACAUGGAUUUUGACAUAAGACAUGACUUUUUAAUAACUGAUUUUAAAUUUUGUCUUUUUAAAAUAAUCUGUCCUGCACAUUAUAAUUAAUAUCUGUAAUGUCUCAAAUUAAUACAGCUAUACAAUGGCUUUAAAAGUCCAUGUGUGCAUAUGCCAUUUUGAAAUGCUGUAUUUUUCAGGAUGCAAAUUUCUGCUUUCAGUUUAAAUGAAACUGAGAACAGGAAAGGAAUCUCUAAAGCACUGAAUUAUUUCUUUGCUCAUCUGUACAUUAUCCACAGCUUUAAUUUCCCUUCUUUUGUUGUGCCAUAAACUACUUCUGAAAUCAGACUCUCAUUUUUAUACAUAGUUAUAAGCUGGCAAUUUGAUACCAGUACUUGGAACUUGGACCUUUUAUCCUCUAUUAUGAGAAUAUAAUAAAUAUGUAUUAUUUCUAGAGCUAUAUAGUGUAGCAGCCCUGUAUUAAAAAGAAAUCUAAGCCCCUUGAAUUGCAUUAACUGUAACCCAUGACAAUUAUGUGCUUUUGUAAUCACUAAAACAUGGAGGUUUGCAUUUGAACUUUCAUGUCAUUUUACUUCAUCACCCAAGUGUUUUAAUAUGUAGGGAAUAUUAAGUAACAGUGCCUGAAAAGCACAACUGCGUCAGUCAUUACAGGGCUAACCACAUUACUUUCUGUGUAGCAACAUUGUUGCACUAGAAAUACCAGUUUGAUUUUCAGAGGAAUGUCAAGUUUAAUGAAGCAGGAGUAUCUGCCUAGUCAAGCAGUUAAGAGAUAGCAAUUUAAGCUAUGUAUGUUAAUUGCACCAAAGGAAAGGACUAAUAGUAAUUGCUGACAGUGCAUAUUUUAUAACCCAGACCUAAAGUUCAAAAUGUGUGGACCUGCCAAGAACCUGUCAAUAAAAAGCUGAUCUCA